CUAUAACAUUAAUAUUUUUCCUCUUUCUUGCUCAAACUCCAAAUCUGGCAAAUGGCGUAGUCUCCUCUGUAUCUCCGUCGUAGUUGUAUCUAUAGUCGGCGCCGCCUCUGCCAACCACCUCUCCUUCUCCACUGCUGCUGCAUCUGCUGCUAUUCUGGGGAAAGGCUUGAAGGAAACAAAUGGGUAAUGCUCCAUCAACGCUUACCCAAUAUGAUAUUGAAGAAGUUCAAGAACACUGCAAUAAAUUAUUUAAUCAGCAAGAGAUAGUUUCUUUGUAUCAAAGAUUUUGCCAACUCGAUCGGACUGCCAAAGGUUUUAUUUCAUCCGAUGAAUUUAUGUCUGUGCCAGAGUUUGCAAUGAACCCUUUAGCUCAGAGGUUGCUGAAGAUGGUGGAUGGUUUGAACUUUAAGGAUUUUGUUGGAUUUUUAUCUGCAUUCAGUGCCAAAGCAAGCGUUGAGCAGAAAGCUGCGCUUAUAUUCAGGGUUUAUGACACGGAUGGAAAUGGGAAGGUGACUUUCAAUGACAUUUUAGAAGUGCUAUGCGACAUGACUGGUUCAUUCAUGUCAAAUGAGGAAAGAGAGGCGGUCUUGACGCAAUUGUUGCAGGAAGCCGGCUACACAAGGGAAUCUUAUUUGAUCCCGGAUGAUUUUGUGAAGAUUUUUGCAAAUUCGGACACAAAGAUGGAGGUAGAGGUACCUGUUGAUUAAGCAAACACAUGCACAUAAAUCACUUAUUAAUAAAUCAGAUAGAGAUGUUGCUGGAAUGUGUUUUGUGGGAGCAAAUGUAGAUUGAUAUGAACACACUUCAUCACCACAAUAGCAAACAAACAUGAAUUCAUCAACCUUGGUACUUUGUAAUCAGUUGUCAUUUUGAAAAAUUUCUGGUUUUAUUUAUAUAUUUUUUUGUGCUUUGUGAAGUUGUCAAAUUCUUUAGUUUGUACACUAUCUUACCUAAUGUAUCCUGUUAUACAUACAUAAGUCUCUGUUUAUCCCAAGAGUUUAAAUAUUUCCUUUUCUUUACCCUCAAAGAAGUUUAGCUUCAAAAGCUGUAAUUUAAAUUUGGAUUUGAAUUUUCAUCUUCUUGGCCAA